UACUUUGUGUUUCAGUUGGACUCAACCUCUCACUAUCAUCCCCACUCCUCCAGUUUUCUCUCUUUCUCUCUCUUCUGCUGUUAAAUUUGCAGCGUCAAACCCCCAAAUGAGUUCCUAAUUUCCUACUAAUUUUUUAACCAGCUCAAUCAUUAGUUUUGUAAUUUCAUUUUCCGAAUAAAAUCCCCCCAAAUUAUCCAAAAUUAUUUAUAUUUUUAAUUCCCAAAUUUUGAAAGUCAGAUUACCAUUCAGGAUACCCAUUAUUUCAUUUCGAUGUUAUUCUUUCCAUUUUUAGAUUAUAUAAUGGAAUGCUGAAUUAAAAAUUUGUCGACAUUUCUAAGCUAUUUUGGUUUGAAAAUCUCAGUUUAUAUAAUAAUAAUUCACACUGAAUACUUAUUUUGAAGGUUUGCAGGUAUUUUAUGCGGCAAUUGAGCUUCCGUGUUUAUACUGCUUCAUUUGGAUAUUAAUUGUGCUUGCUUUGUCCAAUCAACAACAUGUGGCUGCAUGAUUUUUAGUGAAAUGAAGACCUCACCGGAAUCUCAAACUACUCCUGAAAGACAGUCCACCAACCAAGUUUCACUUGAGUCCCAAAGUGAACAACAGAAUAACAACAAUCCAGAAGCUCCGGUCCCUGACUCAGGUUCAGCUGCUGUCUCAAGCAAUGACGGGCGCAAAGUUUCUCGAGAAGAUAUUGAACUUGUCCAGAAUUUAAUAGAACGAUGCUUACAACUGUAUAUGAAUAGAGAUGAGGUGGUUAAGACCCUCUUAAAUCGUGCAAGGAUUGAUCCUGGAUUUACUACUUUAGUAUGGCAGAAACUUGAGGAAGAAAAUGCUGAUUUUUUCAGGGCCUAUUACAUAAGGCUGAAAUUGAAGAAGCAGAUUGUUUUGUUCAAUCAUCUUCUUGAACAUCAAUUUCAUCUUAUGAAAUUUUCCGUACCUCCAAAAGUUCCUUUGGCUCCUAUGCCGAAUGGAAUACAUCCUAUGCCUGUUAACAACUUGCCUAUGGGAUACCCUCUCCUACAACCACCUCCGAUUCCGGCCACUGGUCAACCUCAUCUUGAUUCUAUGAGCCAUGGAAUAUCCAGCUGUCACGUGGUUAAUGGAGUCCCUGCACCCAGUAAUUUUCAACCCAUGAGAAUGAACUCUGGGAAUGAUAUGGUGAUGGAAAGUACCGAAGCCGAAGCCGCACCAGUGAUUCCACCAAACAGUGGCAUGUCGUCCAUGUCAGACAUGCCCAUUAGUCCAACUUCAGUGGCAUCCAGUGGGCAUUUCCCGUUCACUGCUUCUGAGUUGACUGGAAUGGGAGUUGAUACUUCAGCACUGGAUACAGCAUUUCAAUCUGAUGUGGGAAGUUCAAUUGGAUUGCAGCUUCCUUCUGAUGGAGGACCUGGAAAUUCUAAAGAUUCACUUCGGUCUUUGGCUCAAAUACCUUGGAAUUUCAGCCUCUCUGAUCUAACAGCAGAUUUAUCCAACUUGGGAGAUCUUGGACCGUUGGGAAAUUAUCCUGGAUCGCCUUUUCUGCAUUCUGAUUCUGAUAUCCUGCUCGAUUCACCAGAUAACGAAGAUUUAGUGGAGGAGUUUUUUGUAGAUUCGGUCCCUGGGCCGGGUCCUCAAUCUGACGAGGAGAAACUCUGAGAUAAGUUCUGAUCCGUCCCUUCAGAAAAGACCAGAAAUAAUACUCCAGAAAGGGGAAAAGAAUGGCAUGUAUUUCCAUCUACAUUUCAUUUUGGAGACGGUCAGAAGACUUGGUGAAGUAUCACAUUUACCUACCUCUUCACAGAUGUUAACAAGAACUUGAUGGUGAUAUUUGUUCUCAAUAGUAUGCCAAUCUUAUUAUUCUAUCUUGAAAUGUAGUAAUUCGAUCGACACUUUGAGUACUCACCUUUUGGAUGUUCUGCUAUAUAUAUCAGUCUUGGUCUAUGUUCAUCUUU